ACACCUGGCUGCUUACAUCUCUUGGUCUCUAUAUAGUAGUGGGGGGACUGUGAUCCACUUAGGAUGCCUCUUACACAGACCAAACUUCUUGCAGUGACACUGGCUUCCAAGCAUGUUCUCCUGUUUAGACCUCACUGUGGUCUGUGUAUGCUCUAUGCAUUCACCCCAUGCGGGUUCACUUGUGUUCUUCUACCUACAGAGGCCUGCAGACAGACGUCAUCCCCUGAAAAUAUCCUAAACAAGGUGCAGGACAACGAGGAAGAGGAGAGGCUGAAUAGAGAACUGGAGCUAACUACCAAGGAGAGAAAUGAGCUGACAGAUCGCCUCCUUUAUGUGACAGGUGGAUCCAUGAACAAGAGCCCCUACUUCAGGCCAAAUCCAUUUUAUGAAAACUUGAAGAUAAAGGAGAAAGAGGUCAUGUCAUUACUGCACAACUUAGACACAAAGAACAUUGAACAUCGUGAGAAAUUUCAGGAGCUCAAGAAGGAGAUUAACUUCUAUCGCAACCUGCACAGCCGGCUCCUGAUGGACCAGGCAUGUAUGAAGAAGAAGUUGGUCACAUUGAAGCAGGAGAGCAAGGAGUUACAGCGAUAUUUGUUUGAGUUGAACCCGAAUGAUGAAGAUGAACAGGAGAAGGCCAGCAACCUC